AUAGCAGUCGACAUUGUCAGGCUACUGUCACGAUGGAAAAUAUCCUAGAGCUUCACACAAGGCGUCGGUCCCUUGAUGCACGCCUCAUUCGAGAGGAAAUUGAGAAACGACUGCCAUCGUUCGAACAGAUCCGACAGACAACCAAACAGCCUGGUCUUUCAUUCGGAGUCGUUUUCGAAGGAAAACCAAUCUGCGAGCAUCAUUUUGGAGUGAAGGACCUCAGUUCUCCCGACCCACCAACGUCGGAUACGUUGUACUCCAUCGCUUCCUUGACUAAGGGGUUCAUCACCACUUCGAUCGGGAUUCUAGUGGCCGAGGGCAAAACGUCAUGGGACUCAACCGUCUGUUCGAUUCUCCCAGACUUCGCUCCGCUUGCAGAAAGCCCAGGUCUGCCGAUGGCCACUUUGCGAGAUAUACUGUCUCACCGAACGGGGGCGGCUGGCUUAGAUCCGUUGGUUCAGGGACUGCAUUCUCAGAUGACUCUUGACAAAGAGAAUGCCAUGAGUCUAGUAAACGCACUUCCCGUUCGAGGAACGUUCCGCGCGUCUUACGCCUACAACAACGCUCUCUACGGAAUAGCCGGAAAGGUCAUUGAGAAGCUAGCAGACGUCGACAGCUGGUCCGACUUUGUCAGAGAGCGCAUCUUGCAGCCCCUAGGGAUGCGGGAUACAACGGGAGCGGAUGUUGACAUCGAAUCGAACAAUGUCGCUACUCCAUACACCGUCAUUUCGGAUGGGAGCUUGUUUCAAGAAACACCACCGGCACUCUCCGGCACUUCGGCGAAUGGAGCAUCUGGUGGACUGAAGAGCACUAUCGGGGACCUUUCUAAGUGGUGUGUCGCCAUCACAGACACCUUCAAAUAUGGAGAUGAGCAGGAUGCUAGCCAAGAACGUUGGAUUCCAAACAAUCCGAUUAGAGGGCUUUUAAUAGCAACAUCGGCGCACAAUAUAGUCGAUCCAGCCUUCCCCGCAGAUGAACACUACUGCCUUGGAUGGUUCCGGCAAACGACUCCGGCUAGGCUCGGACUCAUCUCUCCCAAUCGGUCUCUGCGUUCACCAGUCUUGGGAAAAGAAUCGCUGCCUGUUACGAUAUACUCACAUCAGGGGGAUGUUCCUGGCUACACAUGUUCUCUAUACGUGGUCCCCGAAGUGACGUUUGCCAUAUUCGCUCUGUCCAACGGAACCGGCCUAAGUGACUGCACCGACUGGAUCUGUCAGGACGUCAUUCAGGGGCUUUUCCAACUGAAGCCUGCAGUUGACUUUCUGCAAGAGGCAAAACUUGCUGCCGACUCUUACAAGACGUGGUUCAACAGAACGCUCUAUCAACCAUUCCUGAAGGCUCGAGAUGAAGGGUAUCAACCGACCUCGGCUGAGGACUUCGUGGGGCAGUACAUUUUGGAGGGUUGCAAUUUCAAGGUCCACAUCAUCCUGGACGAAACUGCACUGGUGAUGGUCGUCAAUGAACGACCCAACCAACGUCAUCCCCUCCAGCCAUUUCGCCCUAAUCAGUGGAGCUUCAUGCCAAAGAAUUUGGAUGAAUAUCUACAAAGGGGUUAUGGACUUUUUGAUUUAGUUGACGAGUUCGUGCUAAAUUUCCAUAGAACGGGCGAUGGACAUGUCAAGGAACUGACCUGGCGAAUGAGCAGUGUCAUAACUCGUUUUGUACGGAGUGAAUAGCACUCUAACUAGGUCCGCCACAGACCAGUGGCAAACUCAAAAGUCAGUCAUUGCUCGAAACUGCUUGACAAAGGAACUUGGAAUCGAAUGAAACGCUUCGAGCA